ACAACCCAAUUCUCACUCUUGAACCAGGAUGUGGAUUUGUGUUUCCAUAGCAAAAGACCACUCGCAGUAAAUAAUGGCCGCCGAUGCAGCUUUUUGUCUGACUGGAAGCUCUGAGCCACCGCCCGUCCACGGCCCCGUAUUUCUGCCGGUGAACAGCCCUGACAACGCAUUAAAUCCGACAAACCUAGCGUUGGGGUCUCCUGGCAAUUCUGGCGUACAGUUCAGCCGCUGUUAUUCAAAGCUUUGUUCGCUCAGACCCUCCGACAAUGCUAGCUUUAAAACGGAAUUAAACCUUCUGUUUGAUCAAUUAAUCUCAGAAAACUAUAAUGCCGACUAUUCAAACUGCAACAUUAGAACAGAGGAUGUAUGCGCACUGCUCGUCCAAGCCAGCAGACUGGUCCACAUCAGUCAAGAGCACCUUGUCAUCAAACUUUGCCAACUUGUCCACCACCUUCUUAUCCGGCUCCAGGUGAUUGUAGAUGAACAGAGUCUGGACUCCCUGGUAUCCUACUCCAUUCGGGCUCUGCAAGCCUGCAGCUCCUGGACACACGCUGAGAUCCUACAGGCACUGGCAGCUCUUGUGUAUGCCAACGGCCCCAAAUGCCAGAGGCACCUCCCAGACCUGCUGGGUCAUGGGGGGCUCCUGGUGCAGUACAGCUGCCCCAGCCAGCCCGACGUGGAGAUGCGCCGUGCAGCUGUGCACUGCAUGGCCAACCUGUGCCUUGGGACUCCUGGCCAACCACACCUGGAGGAGCCUUACAGAGCCACCUGUUUCAGAACGUUCCUUGAGAUGAUACAGUCUCCAAAGCCGUCCAAUGUAGAUGACAUCACCUUCUGCACAUUAUUGCAGAAUGCCUUAAAGGGGAUGCAGUACUUUCUGAAUGGAGGCAAGGGAAAGCUUGAGGCUGACGGACAGCUUGGUUCCCUGUUGGCUGUACUCAAGAAGUACAUGUUCUUUGGGUUACCGGGAAUGAAUGUGGAGAUGCCGGCGGUUCUGUACCCUGCGCCACUCCCCCAGUACGAGGGAGUCCCCACCGCCAAGCCAGAGCCACCACGGGACCCCCCGACCCAGAGCAAGCUGUCAGGGAAUAAGAAGCGGAAGCCAGGUGGGCGAAGCAAGAAGACGAAGGCGAAAGGAAGGAGGGACGAGGAAGGGGAGGAGGAGGGGAGAGAGGCGGAGACGGGGCCUGGGUUGGGCCUGGCAAAGGCAGGAGGAGGAGCCUCUCAAAGCCAUUGGUCUCAGGCCUCCACUCCCGCCUCCCCUGGACGCUCCCUUCCCCCAGGACCCCCUUUCUCCUCCCUCUGCCCCGCCUGGAAGAGGACCAGCUCAGACUCUGAGUUCUCUGAUCCUGAGGGGGGGCUGCAGAGCAAGCUCAGACUGUACCAAGCUCGUGUGAGGCAGGGGGCGCUGCACUGUUUCCUGUCGGUGGUGAAGUGCGUAGAGAAGAGGGUUCUGUACGGAUACUGGUCCUCGUUCGUCCCUGACGCCCCUGGGAUUGGCGGCCUGCCUUCCCUCACCCUGCUCACCAUUGUUCUGAAGGACCCCUCUCCCAAGGUGCGUGCAGGGGCCCUGCAGGCGCUGUCGGCCCUGCUGGAGGGCUCUCGGCAGUUCCUGUCUGCAGCGGAGGACACGGGGGCCCCGCGGCAGGCCUUCACGCCCUUCUCAGCCACGCUGGCGGCCAGCCUGAGGGAGCUGCACCGCGGCCUGCUGCUGGCUCUGAUGGCCGAGUCCUCCUCCCAGACCCUCACCCAGGUCAUCAAGUGCCUGGCCCAUCUGGUGUCCAACGUGCCAUACGGUCGCCUCAGGCCCGGGCUGCUCAGCCCCCUGUGGAAGCAGAUCAGGCCCUACGUCCGUCACAGAGACGUGAACGUGCGGGUGUCCUGCCUCACCCUGCUGGGUGCCAUUCUGUCCAAUCAGGCGCCCCUCCCCGAGGUCCAGCUCCUCCUGCAGCAGCCAGGCAGCCACAGGGGGGCCAACGAGGGGGGCGGGAGCGAGGGGGCCACGCCCCAGGAGCCUCUGAGCUGGAGGAACACCCCCAGGAGGGACUGUGGCCCUCCUUCCCCCGGGGCCCUGGCAGAGGGGGGCUCUGAGGGCCCACUGGCAGAGCCCUGCUGGCUGCUGCAGCUGUGCGUGUCGCUGGUCACGCAGCCCCGCGAGGACCCCUACUCCGACAGCGACAAGGGCAGCGCCUCCUCGGCUCCUCUCGAGCCCUCCCCGGUCAGGCUGGAGGCCCUACAGGUGCUGGCUCACCUGGUGAAGGGCUACUUCACGCUGGUGCAGACGUCCCUGCUGGAGCUGGGGCAGGUGAGCGCCCGCUGCCUCAGAGAGCCCGAUCCUUCUGUACAGCUGCACGGGGCCAAGCUUCUGGAGGAGCUGGGUUCCGGAAUAAUCCAGCAGCACAGAGCGGACUCCAGCGUGCCGCAGGGCAGCAGGGUGCCCCUGGGACAGGUGGUUCAGUUCUGGUCAGAGGUGCUGAGUGGACCGCUGACCGGCGCUCUGCAGAGUGAGCAGCACCCCACCCUGCAGACCAGCGCCUGUGAUACCCUGUCCUCCAUCCUGCCCCAGGCCUUCAGCCAGCUGCCGGACAAGAGCCAGAUGCUGUGUCUGACCGUGCUGUUGGGUCUGACGUACAGCGAGAACUCCCUGGUGAAGGCAGCAGCUGUCAGAGCCCUGGGGGUGUACAUCCUGUUUCCCAGCCUCCGCGAGGACGUCAUGUUUGUUGCUGACACGGCCAACGCCAUCCUCACCUGCCUGGAGGACCGCUCGCCCAACGUGCGCGCCAAGGCGGCCUGGUCGCUGGGAAACCUGACGGACACGCUCACCAUAAACAUGGAAUCUCCGGAGCGGGACUUCCAGGAGGAGUUCUCCGACCUGCUCCUGCUGAAGAUGCUGCGCUCGGCAACGAGAGCCUCCGCGGACAAGGACCGGGUGAAGAGCAACGCGGGCCGGGCCCUGGGGAACCUCCUGCACUUCCUGCAGCCGGCGCACCUCUCCCGGCCGGGGCUGGAGCAGCCCCUGGAGGAGGCCGUGCGGGCGCUGAUCAGCACGGUGCGCAGCGACUCCACCAUGAAGGUGCGCUGGAACGCCUGCUACGCCCUGGGGAACGCCUUCAGGAACCCCGCCCUGCCCCUGGGCUCGGCCCCCUGGACGGCGGACGCGUACUCGGCUCUGUGCUGCGCGGUCACUUCCUGCCGGAACUUCAAGGUGAGGAUCAAGUCCGCGGCGGCCCUCUGCGCCCCGGCCGAGCGCGGUCGCUACGGCGACGCGGCGCAGUUCCUGGAGGUGUGGCGGGCGCUGGCCCGGGCCCUGGAGCGCAGCGAGGAGACCGAGGACUUCCUGGAGUACCGCUACUGCGCCAGCCUGCGUGCCCAGCUCUGCCGCGCCCUCCUGCACCUGCUGUCCCUCUGCCAGCCGCCCGACCUGCCCGCGCUGGCCGCCUCGCUGGAGGGGGAGCCCGGGGAGGCCGUCAGGGGCUACCUGGUGCGCUACCACACCGGCGGGGGGGAGGGCGAGGAGGCCGGGGACUGCCCCCCCCCGGCCCAGAGGCUGAGGGCGCUGGAGGCCACGCUAGCCCAAAUGAAAGGCCUGCCCGUGGACUCGCCCCAGGCCCGGGACGCCCUCGCCGUCGUGCUGCGCUUCCUGGAGGAAGUGCUGAAGACGUGCGAGGAGCUCAAAGAUCCCUCAGUCUGAGCGCGCGCCAACUGCAAAGCCGGGCGGCUCUGCUUUAGAGCCUUCGCAGGUAGGGCGCGGCUAACGUGCUAACGUGCUAACAUGCCCUGGCCGGGAGUCAGUGUGGCUCUGUGGGAUUCUGGACCAUACGCAGCAGUCCUGCGGUCCUAACACAGUGGCGUCCACUGGUUUUAAUCAAGUCUCAAUCAAUUUAUGAAAUGAAAAUGUUAAGAAUCCUCUUAAUGAAUUAUAUUCAGGUAAGACCUGAGGAGUGUCUUCGAGUAGUUUGUACUCACUCCAGUAGACUGGACACUCAGUGCUUCCAUUCCUGUUCAUCACAUAUUCAGUUUGUGGAUGAAUUAACUGCCUUAUACAAUUGCUGGAGGACGAUGUACACACAAGCUUUAAUGAAACACACAAAACCAGGAUUCAGCCAAAAGCGAUGGAUAGGUUUUUUUUAAUCACAUGCAUCCAUCUUCCACCUGUUAUUAAAAAAAUGCUGCUUUGAAAAAUGUUGUUUUUCAGUCUCUGAGAUCUACUUAGGACAUCUUGACCAGUAGGCGGCACUAAAUAACCAAUUACUUUGGAACACAAACACAGUUUUAUGAUUAAUAUUGUUUAAUGUUGGCAGUGGGAGUGAGAAAUGCACAGUCUGGUCUCUCUCCCUUUCUACAAAGAUAUUCAGCACAGUGAGACUUAAUAUUUAAGUUCCCCCAUUUUGUUUCACACAUCCAUCAAUGCCAGCACCAGCCGCUGAGGUGUUGUGUGAAAUUUCUCACUGGUCAGGCUGCUAGUGUCUUCAGAGCCGGUCUGACCGCAACAAGGUGCAGUCUUACAACACAGGUGGAGCUGUAAUGUAUACUUAAGCACAAAUAUCGCAUUCUAAUCUUUAAUGUCCAUUUUAGGUUUUGAAAGAAUUACCAUUUUGCUUCAUUAAAGGACAAAGUUAAAAGAAACCGUAAGACAAACAAUAAAUAAAACGAACACUGCCUCAUGUAUCAGUAAUGCUGCUACAGCGGGACUGCAGUACUUCACUGACGGGUAGCUGUGUACAGCAGAAGGAAAAUGAGUUAUGAAAUAACAGUGCCACUCCUAACAUGCGAAGCAGAGCAGCUGGCAGGAAGGUUGGCGAAGUGCGAUGGCGGAGAGUCAGGAGCGGAGACGGAGAGUGGGGGAGUGAGAGGAAGAAGACGAACAGGCUGCCCAUGCCUCAGCGAAGCCUGGCUGUGAGAAGUGCCAUUCAGAAACACUCGAGAAAAUAUGACACGUUAUCUGGGCCAUCUAAAUUUCUGUAUGCACACACACACACCCCUCAAACUGUAUGGUUUGACAGUGUUGGUGUUCCAUCACAGGCCUUGAGAAUUCGUAUGAGUCAGCAUGAAGUGCUUCUAAUCAUAAACUGAAGUUGAAGUGAUUAUUUAGAUUUCCCUGGCCCUGCUUUCCCAA